AUGUCGGCCCUUUUCAACUUCCAAUCACUGUUGCUGGUGAUCCUCCUGGUCAUCUGUACGAGCACGUAUGCACACUCGAUCAUGCCCGGAAUCAUGGACCGCAACCAGAACGGGGUAUUUGGGAUAUUCUGGAAGUGUGCGCGAGUGGGAGAACGGCUCAGUCCAUAUGUCAGCAUAUGCUGUUUCCUGAUGGCAGUCUCUAUCUUCUUCGGUGGUUGAGUAAUUAUCUCACGUUACCUCCAGCUCAAAGACAAGAUGAGA